AUGUCCGGAGUCACGUACGGCUCGAUAAGCGCGCCGUCGAGCGGUGGCGGUCUCAGCGGCGCAGGAGCGCAACGCUUCAAUCGCGGACCGAGCCGAAAAUCCUCCGUCAUCAUUCCGUCGACCAACACGCGCGUGCAAGAUCGCAGCUACACGCUGGCUCCUGAACAGCACUCCCCCCGCGUCCCGGAGCCGUCGGAGACGAGCUCGCUGUUUGGGCGCGCGAGCGUGUCGUCGGGGAACGUGAAUGGGAGUGUGGUGCGCGCUACCGGUGCCGGCAUCCGCCGGCUCGGAGCGAAGGCUUGGAGGUUUGCCAAUAGCAGGAAGGCGAAGAUGGUGCUUAAGUGCUCGCUGGCGUAUUUUAUUGGCAGUUUGGCGACAUACGUUACGCCGAUUUCGAGGUUGCUGGGGCAUUAUGAUGGCAAACAUUUGGUGGGUCUCUUCGAGCGAGCGAGAAUGCGGAUGGUUGUUGGGUGGUUUCUGACGGGUUACGAAACUACGCAGGUUGCUACGUUUGCUUGUUACUUCCAUCCAGCGAGGACUGCGGGAAGUAUGCAUCAAGCAACGAUAUAUGCCCUCAUAGCGUUUGGCUACAGUAUGCUUGUUUCUUUCGGCAGUAUGGGACUGUCGGUUUUGUUUGCCAGUAUGGAUCUUAUAGAACUAGGCCACGCGUUGAUCCUCAUCAUCUUUUGCGGCGGCGGUCUGGGAGUAAUUGGUUAUGUCAAACAUACGAAGGCCCAUCCUACCGUCAAUGUGGCGUGCUCGAUGGCUUCCAUAUCGAUCAUCACGAUCCUGACCAAAGAAGGCUCCGUGCAACUCGGCCACUUCAACGCGGGGAAAAUCGCGCAAGUAUCGAUGAUCCUGCUGAUGGCAAUCGGCGUAUCAUACUUUGUAUCCUUCGCCCUGUGGCCGACCUCGGCCGUCAGCGAGCUCCGCCAGCUCAUGAUCGACUCGAUGGAUGCGUUCUCGGGAUCGCUCGGGGGGAUCACCCACAGCUUUCUGCGCGGCUCGAACGAGGAUAUCGACAGCUUCAAGUUCGCAUCGAUCGAAGCCAGCCACCGCACGGUGUUCAGUUCCUUACUCAAGCAUCUCAAAGAGGCAAAGUAUGAGCAUUUCGUCCUGGGCACCGAGAAGCAGCACAGAUCGGAAAUGCUGUUGGUCGAGAGCAUGCAGCGCCUCUCGCAGAACAUUGGCGCCCUCCGGAGCGCGGCUAUAACACAGUUCUCGCUCCUGAAGGAGGUCCGCGAGCGCCAGGGCUCGGAUCCGAUCCCGCUGGAUGCCCAGACGAAGAGAGAUGCAGAGGCCAGGCUGCUGUUUACCCCGCCGUCGCCCAUCAUGGAAUACAUGCCCGCCGAGCAGGCGUUCGGGGAGACCUCGGAUUCGGAUAUCCCCGCGGAAGAGUCUGCCGACGAGGAUGCGCUCUCGCCAUCGUCUAUUGUUUUUAAGGAAUUCAUUUAUCACCUUGGUCCCCCUAUGAAAUCACUCGCCUACACGCUUCGCGAAAUGCUCGACGAGCUGCCGUUCGGGCCCGCGCCAGCGUACAGGAUCGAAACGAACCCGAAUUUCAAGGAGAGUCUGGAAAGCGCCAUCAAUCUGUUCAACGAGAAGCGCGCCGAGGCGCUGAACAACCUCUACCGAGGCGAGGUAAUCACCAAGGCGCAAUCGCUAGAUGUUGCUGCAGAUGUCGAGGAGAUGGCGGCGAGCUGUGGCUACUUCUCGUACAAUCUUACAAUCUUUGCCGAGGAGAUGAAGACGUUUCUAAGUGUGCUCGAGGAACUGCAAAGGCUCCAGGAGAACAAUGUCAGAUCGUGGGAGUGGCUGAAGUUUUGGAAGAGGCUGGGGAAGAAGACGCCCGUGAGGGAUAUGGAGGAAGAGGCACUCCUGCGCACUCCAAGCCAGGAACAGAUCUAUUCUCUGCAAAAACGACGCACUAUUCCAAACGUUGUUCUGCCACCGGAGGCUAAGGUCCCGGUCACAUACAAACUGUGGAAAGCGCUAGGUGCCCUCCGGCAGGAUCACAUCAAGUUCAGCGUGAAAGUCGGAGUCGGCGCAGCGUUGUAUGCAGCCCCUGCCUUCAUUCCUGCCACAAGGCCGACCUUCACACUAUGGCGUGGAGAAUGGGGUCUCGUCUCUUACAUGAUCAUCAUGUCCAUGACGCUCGGCCAAACCAACAGCUCUGGCGAAGCACGUGUUGUGGGUACCAUGGUCGGCGCGGUCCUCGCACUGGCUGCCUGGAUCACGUUUCCCGAGAACCCCUAUGCGCUGCCGAUAUUCGGCUGGAUGGUGUCUCUGCCGUGCUUCUGGAUUAUCCUCAACUGGAAGCAAGCCACGUUUGGACGCUUUAUCUUAUUGACAUACAACCUGUCGGCACUGUACGCGUACUCGAUUUCCCUGUCGGACACGGACGAAGACGACCCGGACGACGACGAGGGCGGCGUGAACCCCAUCAUCUCGGACAUCGUACUGCACCGCUUCGUCGCCGUGACAGUGGGCGUGCUCUGGGGGCUCUUCAUCAACCGCAUGAUCUGGCCUCUCAGCGCGCGCUCACAGCUUAGGAAGGGACUGAGCGUGCUGUGGCUGCGCAUGGCGCUGAUCUGGAGCCAGGACCCGCUGAACUGCCUCAUCGACGGCGGCGGCGGGGACACGCACGAGAAGAAGUACAGGAGCAUCUCGGACGUGCCAUCGCUGCAGAAGGCGCUGAUCCGGCUGAAUGGCCUGGCUGCGGCGGCCCCGCACGAGUAUAGACUCAAGGGCCCGUUCCCAACAAAGGAGUACCAGAACAUCUUGAAAGCGAACCAGGCCAUCCUCGAUGCGUUCCACGGAAUGAGCGUCAUGAUCGCAAAGGAUCCGCGCGCGAAUCGCAGGGAGACGGAUAUUCUCAACCACACGAAGAAGGAACGAGACGCCCUCUGCGCCCGCCUCAGCCACUUGUUCUAUGUUCUUGCCAGCUCCAUCCGCUUGGCCUUCCCGGUGCCAGAGCACCUGCCGAGUCCGGACAGGGCGCGCGAUAGGUUGCUCGCGAAGCUGUACGAAUACCGUACGCAAGUGCGAGGGACCGAAGGAGAAGUCGAUGAGGACUUUGCCAUGGUUUACGCUUACGUCUUGGUCACGGCGAGGAUCUCGGAGGGUCUGGAUGAGUUGACGUGCGCCGUCGAGGCGCUCUACGGUGUCUUGGAGGAUGAGAUGCUGGAGAUUUAGGAUAUCGAGGGCCUAGCCCGCUGGUGAUGGCAGGAAGGGGUGUUUGAGUACUGCAGCUGCAGUUCAGCGCUAGCCGGCCGUGUAAAUUAGAUGUACUUAUGUUUGAUCAAGCGAAAUGAUACCCGGACAUUAAUCUGCAAUAUCAAAAGUCAUGACA